AUGGCAGCGGUUUCCUCCGCUCACAUGCAAGAUCAGAUCAAGAUCCAGGAUCACAGCGAUGAUGACCAGGACCCAUACUCGCCGAACACGAGAGACACGAUAACACCAGACUAUCACGAUGAAGAAAAACAGGAAGAGAGACCAAUACACUCGUCUUCUUUCUCCAUCCACAAUGUCUUGAAGAAAGAGAGAGAAACGAUUAGUCCUGAAAAUGUUUUUUCAACGGAAAAGUUACUGCAGAACACGCCUAAUUUCGAGGAUACAUCACGACAUUCAGAAAGCGUCAGUCCGAGGAUAGACGAUGAAAAUAAUGAUAGAGCAGAGAUAAGCGUUGAUGACAAUUCUUGCUGCAGCGAUGACACUGUCCUAUCAGUCGGGAAUGAAGCUCCAGUUUCAAAUUAUCACAGUGACAAAUCACAAGACACACAAGGACUCACCUCCUUUAAGCACAUACAAACACAUUUGAACGCGAUAUCACAAUUGAGCCAGAAUUUGAACAUCAAUCAACCAAUCCUUUUACGACCAAAUCCAAUAACACCCAACCCGUUAAUGUUCCUAAACCAACCGUUGUUGUUCCAAAACCCAUUGAUGAGCCAAGCUGAUUUAAAAACUGGCAUGCCGAGAAUGGCGUUACCACAAAACAGUUUGAGCAUAAAUCAACAGUUCAAUAUGAAUUUCGUGAGAAAGAAUCAUGAAUCGAUGAAUCGUACCGACGAAAAUCGCCGUCAAAAUCAGAACUUCUCCCCUAAAUCACCGGAAAAUGCUUCCGAAAGAGAUUUCAUAAAUCAAAACUGUCUGAAAUUUAGUAUAGAUAAUAUUUUAAAAGCUGAUUUCGGUAGGCGAAUCACUGAUCCCUUGACUAAGAGGAAAACUUUAAAAUCUAGACAGUUUGAAAUAAAAUCUUCUCCUGUUAAAGAAACCUCGCCAGCAAAGGAUGUUGAGGCGAGGGUGCCGGAAAUCAAACCCGGGGAUAAGGGGGCUAUAGAUCUGUCUAAAGGUGAUGACAGUGGGAGCAACGCUUCUUCAACGCCAGGUACAACGAGCGACGGUCCGAUGGUGUGGCCCGCGUGGGUUUACUGUACAAGGUACAGCGAUCGACCGAGUUCCGGACGAAGUCCUCGCACCAGAAGGCCAAAGAAACCUCCCGGGGACGGAACCCCAACAGACGAGAAGAGACCUAGAACUGCAUUUUCUGGACCGCAGCUUGCUAGACUAAAGCACGAGUUCGCCGAGAACCGUUACCUGACCGAGCGUCGGAGACAGACCCUCGCCGCUGAGCUCGGCCUGGCGGAAGCUCAGAUCAAGAUCUGGUUCCAGAACAAACGAGCCAAGAUCAAGAAGGCGUCUGGACAGAGGAACCCGCUGGCCUUACAAUUGAUGGCCCAAGGGUUGUACAACCAUAGCACGAUACCACUGACGAAAGAAGAAGAGGAACUAGAGAUGAAGGCAAGAGAAAGAGAACAGAAUAGACAAGGAGUUUAGUGCAUAUCAAUGAUAACUCUUCAAAAAUGUAUACAAGUGUAGAGUGACACCUUUGAAAUAAUGAAAAUAAAAUUGGCUUUUAUAGUAGAUGUAAUAAAUAAUUUAUUUUUAUU